CUAUAAAGUCAGCGAUCACAAAUACAGGUAGUUACCAACAAAACGUUCUCAACUAUUGUCUAUUCUCCCUCCUACUGCGAGAGCGCAUGUCUGCCUUCUUAUCUGCCCCACACAAUGAUCCCACUCCUGCCACCGACUUUUCUAACCACACCAUCUGCUCGUGGGACAGUGGCUUGGGAAUACCAUGUGGUGCAUAUAUCAGUGUAUCGAACCUUUCAAAACAUUUGUCAACGCACGGGGUGAAUGGGCCGGCAAAAUCGGUCAUAUCAUGUGCAUGGGGUGACUGUGGAAGGGCGGCCAUGAAACGGGAGAACGUUAUUCGACAUGUCGAAGAAGUGCACUUGCAGGUGAAAUACCUCUGCGACCAAUGUAACGCUUCUUUCUCGCGCAAAUCUACGCGCAACGCUCAUGUUUUCAAGUUGCAUUCAUACGCAUCGUAGUCCUUACGUUUGGGUGCAUAAAUUUUGCUGGACUUCUGGGAAUUCUCUGCGAUGCUGUACGUUAGUGUACCACCCUUGUAUAUUCAAUGUCACAUUCAGUCCCCA